GUGAGAUAGAGACAGCGGGAGCACGUUUACAUUUAUACAUUUAUACAUUUAUACGCUUGUACAAAGCGACUUGCGACUUAGUGUGUGAUAAUAUUGUACAAUAAUACACAAAGUCUUUCCAGAUUCUACGGACAGUCUUUCCAGAUUUGACUGCUCUGCAUUGGACAUCAUGUCGAUGACAUCGUCUGAGAUCAGUGUAACUGAGAAUGAAGGAGUCCCUGGUGGCCUUCGUGGGUCCAGAAGUGACAGGUUCUCCAUCGAGUUAGCAGCUUUUAACAGGCUGGAUGUGUUUGAUCUAGGCGCCUUCAGUGUCUAUGAUGAGAUAGAUGAGAGUACUGAUGGUGAUUACACAGAGCAGUCCGCUCUUAGCAGUGACACAUCUGAAGAUGAAAUGGGGACGAGUGUGGUCAGCUUUGAAUCGCACUCUGAUGAAGGAGGAUUCGUCAGCAGGCAGAAUACACUAAUGCAUUGUGGCAGCAUAUUAAUGCUUAACAGAGGAAGUGAUGAUAGUCUGGAUUUGCUGAGCAUCAGCAGCACGUUCUCUAGUGAAACCCAAAUCAUCUACCGUCCUCCAAUGCACAAUGCACCCCUCGUUCCCCACUCCAGUUUUGUAGACGCAGCAUGGCCUUCAGUUAGGCUGGAUGUCCAUAGUGAUAAAGAAGCGUCUUCUAUAGAGUCUACAUCAAUAGGAGUGACUCCUGUGGACUCUGUGGACAACAGCACAGAAAACCAUGUCAGUCUAAGGAAGAAGAUGAAGAACAGGAUCAGUUCAUUUUUCAAGAGGGCAUGGAAGGCUAUAAAGCGUCCUUCCCUCAGUUGCGGGACCAGAAUGGAGCCAUUUGUGGCUCCACCAGCUGACGCAGAACGGGACCCAGAGCCGGCCGAUACGGAUUCAUCGUGUUCUGCAGGGCCCUCUGGUUUCAAGCCAACUGAUGAAUCUGAAGAGUUUGGCUAUGAAAUGGGAGGCUUUGGCACAGUGAAUAAUGAAACCCCUACAUCUAGCAGCAAACAGACCGAAGAUGCUGAUUGCCUAGAUGAGUUCAGCCUUUGCAGCGACACAUCCGAAGAUUGUGUGUUCUCUGUCCAGAGAGGAAAACUUGUCCAUAGGCUGGAUGAGUGGAGCUUUAACAGCAACCUCUUCAUAUGUGAAGGUGGAAGUGACAAUAGCCUGGAUUUGUUAAGCAUUAGCAGCGGCACAUCCUCUACUGAGGAACGAAGAGUCGCUUGGCAGAAUGUUCCUGCUAGAGAAGAAUGUGCAUGUUCCGACUGCAGGAACAUGUACUCAACAGGGUCUUCAAUGAGCCUGGAGGCGUCUCCUGUAGACACUGUGGAGAACAGCACAGGAAAACAUACCAAUUUGUGGAAGAAGAUGAAGAAUGGAAUCUCUUCAUUCUUCAAAAAAGCACCGAAGGCUCUAAAGUGUCCCUCCUUCUGCUGUUGCUGCUGCGAGACCAGAGUGGAGCCAUUUGUGCCUCGAACAGAGGACUUAGAGCCGGACCCAUGGCCAGUUGAUCCCAAACCAUUCUUUGUUGCAAUGCCCUCUGGUUUCAAACCGAUUGAUAAUUCUCAAGUGAUUUAUUAUAAAUUGGUCAUGUUGGAAUCAGGAAGCUUUGGAUUUCUGUGAAGCGAUUUCAACUAAUGGGACCCCCGUGAAGGCAGCAGAAACCUCAAGCCCACCACAUCAGGACCAGAGAGAGCAGAUCAGUCUUCAUCUGCUAGCGUGACCAAAUUAAUAAUUCAUUAAUAUUAUUAAUUUUUUAAUAACAAUAUGUACAUUUUCUGAAGAAAAUGUAACUGGUGCUUGCCGCAGCAAAAAUCUGCACUAGGGUCUUCUUUGUCAUGUUUUAGGUAGUUGCUAUUAGCAUGUAGCUUUUUGAUAUAUAUAUACAUGUCUAUGUGGCAAUUUCGGGUGGAGGUUGUGCCCCAGGGGUACAACUUAUAGUUGUAUUGCGAGGUGUGUUCUCACACAGCUUGUCUGCCAGUUGGCCACAAUUAUAUGGAAGUCACAGGUAUAGCACACCUCUGCCAAGUUUCUAACAGUAUUUAACAUUGAAUAUAAUUGUUCUUUU